AUGGAUACUCCAUCUCUUUCUCGGCUUGAAGUUCUUCAAUUAGAUUCUUGUACAAGUUGGGAAGAGUUGCCCCCUCUAUGGAAGUUGCCCUGCCUUAAGUUUGUAAGAUUGAAUGGCAUGGAAGCUAUAAGAAGUUUGGGUUGCCACUUCUCCAAUAAGAUGGACAUACACUUUCCAGUUUUAGAGAAUCUUGUAUUUUAUGACCUUCCGCUCUGGGAGGAAUGGAAUGGUGCGGAUGAUUAUAUAUGGUUCCCUCAUCUCAAAAGAUUUGAAAUUCAUGACUGUCCCAGACUAAAGAAAAUUCCGGACCUUCCGUUGUCUAUAGAGAAACUCCACAUGCGAAAUUUGGGGUUAGAAGCUCUUCCACGGUCCUACAUGUGUUCUAAUGGUUCUAGGACAUUUGGAGGAUUUAAGCCGAUGAUGUCCCUCGAGUCCCUUGAUAUUUAUAAAUGCCCAGGGAUUGUACAGAUUGGAUCAAUUGGUGAAGAGGAUGAUAAUCUCCUUCCGUCAUCACUGAAAGAACUUGGACUUGGAGGAAUUCUUGUUGAACACAAAUAUUUGGCAAGUUAUCUACAAGGUCUUAUUUCGCUCACUAACUUGUCUUUAAGUUGUUCACGGGGCAUGACAUCACUUCCUUUAGCAAAUGAGCUGGAACAUCUAACUAAACUUCAACGCUUAAAUAUUUGGAGGGGUGAAGCCUUGACUUCACCUGGAGAUUUAUAUAUUAUAAAAUCUCUUAAACAUCUAGACAUUUAUAAUUGUCCAAAAUUCCUCUCUGAGGUUGAGUCACAGGAAUUUUUCAAAGACAAGACAAGGAAACAUGCAGUAUCAUCUUCCUCAGUUUUUGAUCACUCUACAAGUAAUAAAGCUGCUAGCAUCCUUCCCUCCUCCCUUGAAUACCUAUAUUUUACAAACUCAGAUAUUUCACAAGAGUCAUUGGGUCGAUGUCUUCAUGGCCUUACCUCCCUAGAAAGGUUGGACAUAUCAGGUUGCCAUCAUUUGGUGUCUCUUCCCAACAUAGAGUAUCUGCAUAAUCUGAUAGCAUUGCAGAUAUUGGAUAUUUCUGAUUGUAAAGAAUUAUGUGAAUUGGAGUCAUUGACAACACUUACCUCCCUCAGAGAAUUGCAUAUUGAGCGUUGCCCCAAAUUACUCGCUAUAACAUUUUCCACUCUACAAAAUCCUGCAACAAAAACAAAACAAGGUGCCACAAACAUAAAGAAGGGAACAUUACCUUCACUUGAAAAGAUUGAGAUCGACAACAUCUUCUAUCUACCCAUUUUGCCCAUUCUAGAAAGGCUAAACACUAUUUCUAUCCAAAACCAAAAAGAUAAUCUCUUGGUACCUCAAGAGAGAGAGGAGUGGUUGUUGCAAUAUCGGGAGUCUCUGGAAGUUCUAAAAUUGAAGCGGAUGCCUCAUCUACAAUCUUUACUUGCAAGUUUGGAGAGUUUUUCAUCGCUCAAGGCUCUUACAAUAUAUUCUGCACCAGAACUCAAGUCACUGCCGAGGAUGCCUGCCUCAUUGGAGCAACUAACGAUUUCUGGAUGUAGUGCAAAGCUUAAGAAGCGUUGCCAAGAGAACAUCGGUCCGGACUGGUCUAACAUCAACCAUAUCCCUGACAUUAAUAUUGAAACAGAUGAAGAGGACAAGAACGAGGCUCAAGUCAAUUGCAACUGUGUCAGCAGCAGACUUUGGAGUUCCACAUGAUCAUAUAUAAUACCAAGCAUAACACCUGGCCAUUCAUCAAAAGGGUGACUAAUAGUCUUAAAAAGAACAUCAUAUGGACUAUCCAUCCCAGAGAUCCACAUUUAACAGUGAGCAGAUUUUGCUACCAAUAAUUAGGUGACGAUCAAACUUUUCUUCCACUUUUGUCGCUAAACCUACAAGCAUUGUAGCUUCUGGUGAAAAAUAUGAACAAAGACUACAUCUGAAGUGCAUCAGCAGCUUCCUCAAGCUCUCCCCUCUCCUCUUGUUGAUAAUUGGUUUGUCUCGGUACUAAUUCGAACAAAUCUAUAAGAAUUUCCAAAAUGUAA